AUGUUCCGGCAGCUCUUACUGGGCUCACUUCUUAUUCCAUUGAUAAUCUUAUCAGAUGCUGAUUACUACAAGUUAUUAGGAGUCAAAAGGAACGCCGAUGAUAGGACGAUCAGAAGAGCCUUCAAAAAGCUGGCUAUUACUAAGCAUCCUGACAAGGACCCGGUAAGACACUGUGGUAAUUGUCAAAGCAAAUUUUUGGGGUUUGGAGGCACGGAAUUAUUUGAAAAACCUAUUACAAAUCUUUAUUUUGUUGUUGAAAACAUUAUUUUGAUGCUUUAAAUGGUAAAAUUAUUUAGUCUUGAGGCAUUCUUCUCUAAACUUUGAUUAACUCCAAGAGUUUCAGGACAAUCCGAAUGCUCAUGAUGAAUUUAUAAAGAUCAACAGAGCUUAUGAAGUACUAAAAGAUCCUGAACUACGUCGAAAAUAUGAUCAGUUUGGGGAAAAAGGCCUAAAAGACGACCAAGGUGCCGGAAAUCAAUAUCAAAGUUGGGACUUUUACAACGACAAGUUUGGUAAGACUAUUUUAGUUUUUUUAACCAUUUUUUAGAAUGUAUGUUAUAGUAAUGAAGUUUACUCUAACCUAAAUUUUAGUCAAAGUCUUUUUUCUCUUAGUUUUUUCGUAGCUUUCAAAGAUAUGUAGCUCUUUUAAAGUUAUCAUACUAUGAUUACUCAAUUAAACGUAUUUUACUUCGAUUUACUAAAAUAAUUUUAGGAAUAUACGACGAUGACCCAGAGAUAGUAACUUUGAAUCGUAACGACUUCCAACAAAAGGUGUCAUCUAGUGGUGACUUGUGGUUCAUCAACUUUUACUCAACUUUCUGUUCACAUUGCCAUGAGCUGGCUCCUACCGUAAAUUUUUCGUCUUUUCUAUUUUUAUUCGUGAAGUAAAACAAAAUUUCGAAAAAAGUAUUUAAAACUGCUUAUUUUUCAAAUUUUCAAUAUUUUAGUGGCGUGAAUUUGCCCGCAAAUUCCACGGAACAAUCAAAGUAGGAGCAGUGAACUGUGCCGAAGACCCAGUACUCUGUCAAUCUCAACAUGUUCGUGGAUACCCUUCUCUGGUCGUAUACCCAGAACACGGUUUCUUCCAAGGACAACGAACUCUCGAGGCUCUGUCCGACUUUAUUGUGGAGAUGAUCCGAGUCGAAAUCCAUCACUUAACCAACAGAAACUACGAAGCAUUGUCCAAGGAAUGGCAACCAUACCUGAAUCGGCCUUGGUUGGUCGAUUUUUGCGACGAAAACGACCGCUGCAUGGAUAAGAUGGAACGAAAAGUGUUGGCACACAAACUCAAGGAUGUGGUGAAUGUGGGUGUGGUGAAUUGUGGCAGUAAUCCUGACAGACUGUGUGAGAAUCUGCGUUCAAAUGGCAUGGCUUUCUAUCCGAUUGGGAAGUUGGACAAAGGUCAUGGUGUUGUAAGUCUAUUUAUGAUCUUAAAGGUAUAUAGUUUUUAUAUAUAGAUCAUAUUAAACGUUUUUUAGGGUUUUGAAAAGAAAAUUUAUUUUUUGGUUUGACUUCACGCAAAAAACGGAAAAUUAGGCCUUCUUUUUCCUCUUUCUGAUCACCGAAAAUAAAAAAGAAAAGAGUGUGCCCGGUUAGCUCAGUCGGUAGAGCACCAGACUCUUAAUCUGGCUGUCGCGGGUUCGAGCCCCGCAUCGGGCUAAGGCUCUUUUUGCUGUUUUUGGCAUUUUAAAAUUUUAAAGACUUUGAUUAAAGUCUAAAUCAAACGUUAGGCACUAUUUAAAUGUUAUUUUCAGGUAUUUUUUUUUGCUUGUUAGCGUUGUAAAAUUUGAUUUUCAGAAAUUUUUUUAAAUUUUUUGUUUUGUUUUAUUUUUUAUUAAUUUUGAUAUUUCUAGGUAAUAAAUGGCUUUGAAAUCAAUGACAUUUACGCCGAAGUGAUUGAACAACUAAACCCAGUACAAGAACUCACAAACGAAGAAUACAAAACCCUAUUGGACACGAUGGAAGAGACCAGGCCUCAAGAUCAACUCGUCAUCUUCACAACAUCAGAUAACGUCAGAACCUAUCAAACAGGAGAAUAUAAAAAGCUACCAUAUCUGGUAGAAGAUACCAUAGUAAGAGUGGCUGAUUGUGGUACAUUAUCAGACAAUUGUGAUGGAUUACAGUUGGGAAAACUGCCAAAAGUGGUACUGUUUAGGGCUUCAGGACAUUAUCUGAUAAGUUAUGGUAGAAAGGAUACGAUGGAAGAUGCACUGAUCUUUGUGAAAACGGCCAAGAAGACGUCGAUGAUUUCGUUGACGGAGAAUUUGUUUGAUGAGUUACAUGCAAAGUACGAUAAGGACAUUGAGAACGUCUGGAUGGUGGACUUUUUUGCGCCGGUGGGUAGUUUUACUGCGACUUUUUGAACUUUUUUUGCAUUUUUUGUGAUUUUAAAAUAUUUUCUUGGCGGUCAAUGUCAUUAUGUCUAAUUUACUCUACAUUCAGUGGUGCCACCCAUGUAUGUUGUCAUUGGUCGAGCUAUCACAACUUCCAGAAGACAUAGAAGGCCGUAAACUUAAAAUUGGAAUUAUUGAUUGUGAUAUAUACAAGAGGCUGUGUCAAGAACAUGACGUACAGUCCUAUCCAACAUCAAUGUUGUUGUAUGGCUCAGUAUUUCCGAAACUAAUUGGGUUCCACGGUAAAGAUGCUGUAGUCGAGUUCGUUCAAGAAGCCUUCCAUCCAUCAGUGGUGGAGCUGAACCCAGUAUCAUUUGAUGAGUUUAUUGUACAGAAACAAGAUACCGAGAUAUGGGUGGUCGACUUCUUUGCACCGUGGUGCGGCCCUUGUCAGCAGGUAGGGUAAUCUUGUAGUUUUGGUUUAAUUAUUAGGUUGUUCAAAUAAUUUUGUGCUCCUCCUUUUCAAAGCAAAUUUUGGGAGUUAGGAGGCACAGAAUUACUUGAACAACAUAAAAUUAUUUUAUAUAGCAUAUAUAUCAUAUUAUGCCUUUAAUCUAUGUUUAAUUUACCUUUAUAUUAGGCUGUUCACUUAAUUCUUCGUCUCCUUUGACACAAUAUAUUAUGUUAUCUUCUCUAUGACUUACCUUACUUUAGCUAGCACCAGAAUUCAAAAAAGCAGCCAGAUUGAUGCAAGAACAGAACGAAAUGAUCAGUUUUGGCACAGUCAACUGUGAUGAACAUAGAGAACUCUGUAAAUCAAAUGGAAUCAGAGGUUAUCCGACUGUCAGAGUCUAUACUAUGAAUGGUGGACAGGCAUUGUAAGUUUUUUUGUAAAAUACGCCGACUCUUGCAUUGUUUAUUUUACUACAUAUUAUGCGUUUAUGUAUAAGAUAAAAUUACAUUUCAUACGUUCAUAUGAUAUUAUUUGGUUGUUCAAGUAAUUGUGUGCUCUUCUAAUCUCAAAAUUAGAGAGGGGGAUCAGAAUUAUUUGAAAAAUCUAAUACGUUAAUAUAUCCUUGAAUAUUACAGUGAUUACCCCCAAAACUGGUGGAGAGACCAUCGAACGAUGAUAAGAUGGUUCAGUCAAUACUUACCGUCAGUGGUUGAGGAGCUAAACGAUGAAACCAUGAAUGUUGUAAUGAACGAAGAUGUCAAAAUACCGUGGCUGAUUGACUUCUGGGCUCCAUGGUGUGGUCAUUGUGUACAAUUCGCUCCGGUUUAUGAGCAAGCGGCUAGGGUAAGUUAUUUAUUGGGUUUGUUAGGUUGUUUAAACAUUGUUUUUAAAUUACUGUUACUAUUUUUAGUUGUUGUUUUAUUUAUAUUUGUUGUUAAAAUAAAUGUUUGAUUAAAAAACCGUGUAACAGAACUUGUGGCGCACUCUGUAUAUUCAAAUUUCAGAUGCUGGAAGGUCAUGUCAAGUUCGGGAAGGUGAAUUGUGUUGACUAUGCUCAUUUGUGCUCACAAGCGGCCGUUCAAGCCUAUCCGACCAUCAAGUUGUACUCACAAGGUCGACGAAAUCCUGCCGGCGGGAUCCGAUUACACGCUCAAGAAGCGAAUCAACUGGUCGAUUUGGUGCAGCGAGUGCUAGGACAAUACGGAUGGUCCCAUGUUAGGGACGAACUUUAG